UUGUCAGCACGACUUCAGCAGUACGUUCCUAUUUUUAAUCUGCAGUCCAUCCCGGGUUUUGUGUUUGUUUCCUCUGACUCCUCCUGCUGCUCGUUCCCCAACACUAACUCCGCCCACAGAGGUUGCCAGUGCAACACUACCCUACAGCGAUCAGCGCUGCAGCAAUAGCACUAGCAGAGCUGGUUCAGUUAAACCUCAGCUGCUACACAGCUUAAAAAGCCUCAGCAUGUCUCAAAAAAGCUCAGUGACCAAAGCAGGAAUAUAACAAGAGUGAAUAUUGGCAGUGAACGGUGGAGACUUAAAGCUCAAAAACACCACAAGACCGACCCAGAGCUGCUACUUUUCUCCUGGACAGGAGAAAGGAGAAAGUGGAUUGCGCAAUCAGCACAGAAGGAGCAACACAGGCAGUUUUUUUUUCACGUGACCUGACAAAGUUCGGGGUGAAACAGUGAAACAGCAACAGGCUGUAGAGAGGACGGCCUCUGGACUGGUGUCUGAACCAGUUUACCCAGCGGACUGAGAGGAACCCGGGGGUUCAGUAGCGGAGAUCUGCACAGAGGUCUGUGGUCAUGGAGGAAGAGUCGGACACUGCGGAGAUCCUGCCCGCGGACUUGCUGAGCCCCGAGCCGGGGGAGCCGGAGCAGCGCCUCCGCCGCUGCGGAACUCCGCCGUACUCCUGCCCGCUAUCCGUCACCGUCCAGCCCGUCCUCUUCCUCUCCACCUUCUCCGUGGCGCUGCAGAUGCCGCUGUACACUCAGUACCUGUGGGAGCGCAUUAGUGAGGACCUGGGCUACAACGGAACGAAGGGAGGCGGGUGUAAUUCCUCCUCCCCAGAUCCGCUACAGAAGGAGGUUGAAGUUCUAACAGCCCACUGGAACAUGUACAUAAAUUUGGGAGGUUUUCUGGUGGGCCUCUUUGUGGUGAUUCUGCUUGGCUCAUGGAGUGACCGAGCAGGUCGACGCCUGGUUUUGAUCAUCCCCAGUCUGGGUCUAGCUGUCCAGGCUAGUAUCUACCUAAUUGUAAUGUACAUGAAGCUCCCUGUGGCCUGGUUCCUCCUGGGUAGGAUCUGCAGUGGCCUUUCUGGAGAUUUUAAUGCCAUCUUGGCAGGAUGCUUUGCCUAUGUGGCAGACACCAGUGACAAACGCUCUCGCACGUUUCGUGUGGCCAUACUGGAGGCAUGUCUGGGGCUCGCCGGAAUGUUCGCAAGCAUUAUCGGAGGCAAAUGGAGACACGCACAAGGGUAUAUCAACCCUUUCUGGCUUGUUCUGACCACAAACCUGGCCACAGCCCUGUACGCUUACCUUUUUGUACCGGAGUCGGUCACUCCUGACCCUGAAACGAAGCUCGUCUCUACCCGGCAUUACAGGGCUGUGUAUGAUCUCUAUACAUCUGGAGGGAAGAAAGGACACAGGGCCUGGCUGUGGCUCUACACGCUCUGCUUUUUCCUUGUGGUCACUGUACACUUUGGUUCCCGUGAGCUGUAUGUUCUAUAUGAGCUGAGCACACCUCUGUGCUGGGACUCCGAGCUGAUUGGCUACGGGUCAGCCGCUCAGCACCUGUCAUACAUUAGCAGCCUGCUGGGCUUAAAGGCUUUGCAGCAAUGUCUGGAGGACUCCUGGGUGGCCAUCAUAGGCCUGGCUUCCAACGUUGCUGGCUUGGUGGUGUUUUCAGUGGCAGACACCACAGCUCUCAUGUUCACAGGAUAUGGUCUGUCCUUUUUAAUAAUGGCAUCCACCCCAGUCCUGAGAUCCAAACUGUCCAAACUGGUGGAUCCUUCAGAACAAGGUGCUCUGUUUGCCUCUGUGGCGUGUGUGGAGGGCCUCUGCUCGCUGGUGGCCAGUGGGCUCUUUAACUCUCUGUAUCCUGCCACCUUACAUGUGAUGAAGGGUUUCCCCUUCCUCUUCGGGGCUAUUCUCCUCCUCAUCCCUGCUGGAAUUAUCGGGGGCUUGAGGUGUCGGGAGCAGAGGAUGAACAACAGGGAGACUGCAGUGAACUGAAACUGACUGUGCAAGAUCUUCGGCACAAAAAGUGGAAAAUGACACAGAGAUGGUGUCUCAGAUCCUGACCAGGGCAGAUUUCAGUCGGUGAUUUAGGAUACAGCCGUGUAUCUGUAUGCUUCCGAUCUUUUGAAACCAAAGCUCAAGAAUGAUUGGUAUGAUAUGAAGGUGCGGAAUGGGGUCCUAAAUAUUGAUGAAGAGCAAAAACAAAAAGUUUUAGUGUAACAGUGACAAUAUACACAAAUUGGUCAUAAAACAAUGUGAACAAAUAUUAUGUCUGAAUGCAUUCUGAAUUACUAAUCAGGGCCAUUUCCCAAAAGCAUCUUAAGCUCUAUCUGGAUGGGAUUAGUUUCUCGUGGGGUCCUGAAGUCAUUUUCUUUCCCUUUGUGAUUUUAUUCCUGUCUGGAACGACAAGGUACCUGUUUUUCUCAGACGUCCUCUAAGCAUAUUACAGGCUGAAUUAUCUACUGUUUUUUGCUAAACUCUGUGGUCAUCUCUGAGUUUCAUCUCCUUGUGUUUAUUAAAAUAGCUGCCACACACACAUAACGUAAUUACACUUCGGGUGUGCGUUUCCAUAAACACAACAGCGAGUGGAAAUGGAGGAGCUACUGAAAGCGAGAAAGCCAAAAAAACUCACUUGUCCAACUGUUUUUUCAAUUGCAGUCCAGAUGCAAGAGUUUUAUCACAGAGUAGAAGUAUGAAAUAUUUUUAACAGAUAUCCCCCUGAGAAACUAAUCCCAUCUGUACAGGGUUUAAGCAUGGAGAAUGUCUUAACAUGGAGAGAGUGUGCUCAGUGUGAAGCUCGCUUGACCAUCUAAGAAUUAUCUCUGUGCUAAGAUGUUUUUCGGAAACCCAAACCAGAUCAGUUUUACAUGGAAUUAUACUCUCACACAGACAAGGAGGACUGAAACGUGAUCAGUAAAUUAGUUUUUUUUUUAAUGUAGCUUUGUUUUAUUUAUGUAUUUUUAAAUGUAUUUUCUUAUGAACACAAAACAGAAGGGAGAUUAUUUGACCAAAUAGAUUCUUAUUGUUAUUUUUGAUAUUGGGAAAUAAAUAAAUUGACUGCACUAAUGUAAUUAGAAUGUUUUUAACUGUAUUUCCACAUUCACUCACUCAAACUUUUCCUCUUUUUAGAAAACCAAAAUAUGGUCACCCUACAGACAUGCUAUCUCGUUUUUCCACAUUAGUUGGAACAACAGAAAAUAUUUAGUACAGUCAUAAUGAUACCUAGACAGCAGGCGUUUAACACUGUGCCUGCAUCUACUGCAUCUGUGCAACAGUCAAAACAACAGACUGUUUAUUAGCAGAUAUUUUAAAGUUAGUAAUGAAAAAAGUGCUUUCUUCAUCACUGUUAUUUCAGUAAUGUGUAAUGAAGGAUGAUAGAAUAUUUAAAUAAAUCAUCAUCAGUCUGUUUUUUUUUUUAUAUUGUAACUGAUAUUAUACCCUGAAAUAUCGUUCUAUAUCACCCACCCCUAAUUAUCACAUCAGGGUACUACUUUUUUUUUUUUUUGCUGUUUUUAGCAAAAGAAAAAUUCACACUUCUCAAUUCCUUUUAUAUAUCUACUAGAUAGAGAUUAUAUCUGUCCUGUAUCAUUUAUUGUAUUUCAAUCCUGGAUAUAUAGAGAUAUAUGGAGUGCAUUAUUAGUAUCAUGACAUUCUGGAUCAUUGACUUCUGUUCCAAUAAAAUUCUGAUAAAAUUGUUUGUUUUUUUUAUAUCUCAGUUAGAGGUUGCCAUGUCAUAUUGUAUGCAAUAAUACAAUUUAAUUUUCAUUUUGUUGCAGUAGUGUAUUCUUGUUUUUUUUUUUUAAUUAGUGUUUUGUCAUGUCGCCAAGAGUAUCUUUAUCACAAAAAACACAAAAAAAUUUGGUGCUUGUUUUGUGCAAUUACACAUUCUCACCAGAGAGAUACCCAAAGCCCCUUUAAUUCAGUUGCUCAGCUAAAGAGGGGGAACUACAGCUGUGGAUGGAGCAGUCUGGGAUUACAGAGUUACAUGGUUAUCUGUGUACAUGGCAUGUGUGGGUCCCUUAAGUAGACUUGGAUAUCAGCCACAGUGUUGACAGUGUUGACACUCUGUAGACAUAGGUCAAUUCCCACUGGUGUUGUUCAUAAAGUCACUCUGACCCUU